GAAUGGAAGAUUACUACUUUAACAGCAGCUCACAGCCCCCCCCAACAACUGAUACAACAACUGAUAGAAUAUACCCCACCAUCUUUGACAUGUACGGUUUCCACACCCCCGACUCUCAGGACUACAGCGACAUGAUCUUCAACUACGAGAAUGACAGCAAUUUCACCUCCAACUACCAGAAUCACAGCAGCAUCAUCUCCAUCUACCAGAGUUACAGCUAUACAUUCAUCAUCAGUGUGGUGAUAUACAUAAUCUUUGCUCUUGGCCUCCCGUCAAUCCUCAUGGCCAUCUAUUCUCUUUAUUCUAUGGUGAGAAGUGAUCAUGUUGCUCCCAUCUACGUCAUCAACCUUCUCAUUACCGACCUGAUUCAGCUCUGCUACAUGAUCGUUCCUGUGGUUUCAAAUGUGAAUAGGACUAUACGUAUCAUCAGUUCUAUUUACCUCUCUGGUCUGGUUGCCAGUGUUUACUUCAUGGUCUGCAUCUCCCUGGAAAGGUAUCUAUCUGUCUAUCCAGUAUGUGUGGAGCUCCUUCUGUGUCUGAACAUGUACAUAAUCUUUGCCAUUCUCCUCCUCCUUCCCUUCCCACUGUUCAUAUUCUUCCUGACUGGGACCCUCAAAGCCCUGUCUGCUUCCAUCUCGGUCCCCUCUGAUGAAAAACGACGAAUUGUGGGAGUUUUGGUUCUGGUGCUGCUUAUUUACACCCUGCUGUUCCUGCCCAGAAUCAUUUUGAACCUGGAUGUCGACUAUGGACUGUGUGAGAAACAGCUGGCAACCGAGUACAGCCCGUACUUUCUGAUGUUUGGGAGGGAAGCGAGGUAUCUCAGAGGUGCCAAAAGAGUCACAGAGGAUAAAGUCAGCAGCCUACUGUGCAAGGAGAUGAGUCUGCAGAAGAUUGAGUCUGUACACGCAGAAGUCAUGGCCAAUAUUAAGAAAAGCCAGGACAAGGUCCGCAAAAGAAAGCAGGAGAGGGGCCAUGAGGACAACUUCAAAGUGGGGGUCAAAAAUGACAGUCAGGGGCAGCGAUAA